AUGGCUGACAAGUCAACGAACACUCUUCCAUUGUCUAGAGUAAAAACAAUCAUGAAAAGUUCUCCAGAGGUGUCCAGUAUAAGCCAAGAAGCUCUCCACUUAACGGGAAAAGCAACGGAGCUGUUUAUUCAAGCACUGGCCAAAUUCUCCUACCAACAGAGCAGUGAUAAGUCCAGCCUGAAGUACAGGGACCUGGCAGAGAUUGUUAACUCUGAGGACACACUGCAGUUUUUACAUGAUAUUGUUCCACGGAAAAUUAAAGCCAAAGAGUAUCUGAAGAUUUUGGAGGAAUCUGAGGAUGCAGAAUGA